AUGGCGUUGAGCAUAUCAUGCAUGCGCACUCAGGUGACCCCAGCUGGAACCUCACCACUGCUUGACCCCGAGGGCACCACGCUGGUCUAUUUGGGAGAGCCCUUCUCCCUGGACAUGGUCCUCUCAAACGUCGGCACCACACUCGUCGUCCUGAGCUCAGUCAAGAUCGAGCUGUCUGGCGACAAGGGCGGUGCCAGCCAGCUGCUGUCAGAGUGGGUGCAGCAGCACGCGCCGCCCCCGCCGCCCGGGCCCGGCGGCGGCGGCGGCGGCGUGGGAGGUGGCGCCGUGCUGGACGAAGCGAUUUUGCCGCCGGGCAGGGAGAGGGUGGUGUCUGCUGGGUUUGACGUCCGAGACCUGGGGCCCUGCACCCUGGCCUGCUCUGCGGUGUUCAAGGGCGCCAACGGCCCGGCCCAGUUCGAGGUCGGUUUCUUCAAACUCCUGUCCCUCACGCCUGUCGCCGUCCGCACAAAGGUGCGCGCCGUGCCCACCACCGCGCGACGCGUCGAGGGCGCGAGCGGCUUUGGCGUCUUCGAGCGCGGCGCGGCUCUCAGCGGCAGCGGCGCCGCCGGCGGCGGCGGCCCGGCGGGGUGCAGCUGGCCGGGCCGCGGGCCCGGCCGCGGCGGCGGCGGCGGGGCGGAGUGCUUCCUGGAGGUUUCGAUAGAGAACGCCAUGCGCCAGGGCAGCCUGCUGCUGCAGUCGGUGCGCUUUGCGCCGCUGCUCGGCGUGAGUGCCUGCGACCCCGUCGCGGCGGCGGCGGCGGCGGCGGCGGCUGCUGCGGCGGGGGACGGCCGGGACCAAGAGCAGCAGCAGGAGCAGCAGCUGGGCAGUUCUGGCAAGCCGCCGCAGGACGCGCCGCUGCCGAAAGGCCGCGAGGAGCCGGAAUUGGACACGGCCUCCGAACGCGAUGUGCUGCGCAAGCGCGGCGCUGCGCCCGUAGAGCCGGGUGCAGGGGCGGCGGGCGGGGGCGCGUCAGCGCCCGAGUUUGUGGGGACGACAGCCGGGGAGGGGGCGCUGCCGCCCGGCGGCAACCGCCAUUACCUGUGGCAAGUGCGCAAGCAGGAGGCGGCGGCGGCGGCGGCGGUGCCUGCGGGGGCAUCGCUGCAGCCAAGCGGCACGCGGCAACAGCAGCAGCAGCAGCAGCAGCCGGAGCAGCAGCAGCAGCAGGCAGGUGGCCUGGGGCGGCUGGAGAUCGCCUGGUCGGCUUCUGACGGCCGCAGCGGGCGCCUGCAGACCCAGCCCAUUUUCGGGGCGCUCCCAGCAUCCUCUGUGGCGUCGAGCGGGGUAUCUCUGGGGCUGGGCCGCUUGCCUGCAGAGGUGCGGCUGGGCCGCGCGUUCAAUGUGAUACUGCAGGUUGAGGCGUCGCCCGUCGCCGGCCGGCGCGCGCCGGGGCCGCUGCUGCUACUACACAGCGACCCGACGCACCAGCAGCAGCACCAGCAGCAGCAGCAGCAGCAGCUGCGGCAACAGCAGCCGAGCGAGGUCGGCGCCGCUGGCGUCGCGGUCGUGGGGCCACGGGUCGUGAAGAUCGGGGACUUCUCGGCGGGAAGUUCGCACGAGGUGGCCGUCCGCCUGCUGCCGCUGCGGCGCGGCUGGCAGCGGCUGCCGGCGUUUGUGGUCGUCGACUUUGAGGGGGCCCCCUGCGCCAGCAUGCACGACGUCUCCGUCUUGGUCAUGUGA